AUCAGGAAGAAACUCUUCUAGAGCAUGGCCACAUAACCCGAAAAACGCACAAAAACCUUUCUCUAACAUUUUGGUUGUGCGCAUGCUAUUGUCAUUUGAAGGUCUGGUUUUAAUUUUGCAAGUCGUUGACAUCGCAAGUGUUUGCAUGGCGUCCAGUGGUAGAUGGGGAUCAGGAUGGACAGACGUAGUGCAAAAAAGCAUCCCUCGGGGCUCUGUAUGGCGGGAAAUGCCACCAAGCCAAAAUUCAUCCUCUGGUCAUGUUUUUGGGGUUGAUUCCCUCCCUUUUUCUCUUCCAAAAAACCAUCCCCAACAGCAGAAAGAGCCCAGGAAGCCGCAGAGGGCGACUCCCUCAGAGAGCUUUUCUCUCCUGCCCACAUUGGGCUUCUCUUCUUUAGCAAAUGAUCCAGAAAGCGGCUGUGUAUCUCCCCCCCCCCCCCAGUCCAACAUGACGCCAAGGCAUGCCAAGCAGGGCUCUCCAGCUGAGCACUUCCAUUUUCCCCCUUGCUAGAAGGAGAAGGAAAGGGAGAGGCAACACAUCUGUGCCUCUAGAUGCACCGAUUCCUUCAGCAGAAUGGUGGAUUUCAUUUUUGCUGGGAGAGAGCGAGAGAGCAAGGAGAGCCGUCAAGCUUCUGAAUCAUUCCCGAAGGGUUGGAAAGGCUGAAUUCUCUCUCUCUCUCUCUCUCUCUCUCUCUCUCUCUCUCUCUCUGGGCAUUUUUGUAGGGGAGGGUGCUGCUUCUUCUUCAGCAUCAUCAGCAUCAUCAGCAUCAUCUUCUUUUUCUUUGGAUCUCUUUCUUCCUGGCGGUGUAUUCUGUUGGUGGUGCGGCACUGUGAUGAUGAUGAUGUGGUCGACCUUCCUGCUGAAGGGGCUCAGCGCAUCGCAUGAUCUGCCCUGGGAAAAUAGACCAGUCUCUGUGUGUGAUCUGUAGGAAGAUCUGUUGGAAUAAUCGGAGGGAACCCAAAGGGAAAGAGGGGGGGUAGAGAGAGCUAGGGAGUGAGCCAGGAGAGGGAGGAAGAAACCCCACUGAAGCCAGAAGGAUCCAGCUCAGGGAGGAAAGCCAAGCGCCUGUCUUCUCCUUCUCCUUCUCCUCCUUCUUGUAUGGUUGGAGAGUGGGGGGGCCCAGAGCCUUCCCCCCGCUCAGGACUGCAGCUUGGCUUGAAGACCUUGUUUGUGACCAUAUCUGACCUCUGCCGGAAGCCCUGGCACCCCUUCCUCUCCUUCUUCAUUUUGGGCAAGGGGGUGGGGGGUGGGCUGGGGGGCAGUGACACAGCGGCUGUCCAUUUCCAGUUGACGUCCAUGAAUGCUAACACCAUGAUCUUUAUGAUCCUCGGAGCUUCUAUUGUUAUGGCAAUUGCGUGCUUGAUGGAUAUGAACGCUCUCUUGGACCGAUUUCACAAUUAUAUCUUACCGCAUUUGAGGGGCGAAGACCGAGUUUGCCACUGCAACUGUGGAAGGCAUCAUGUCCAUUACGUCAUCCCUUAUGAUGGAGACCAGUCAGUGGUGGAUUCCUCAGAGAAUUACUUUGUGACGGACAAUGUCACCAAGCAGGAAAUUGACCUGAUGCUGGGACUCUUGUUGGGAUUCUGUAUAAGUUGGUUUCUGGUGUGGAUGGACGGGGUGCUCCAUUAUGCGGUGCGAGCGUGGCGGACAAACCGACGGUAUGAUAAUUCUUGGUCUUGGAUCCCAAAAUUUUGUAACUUCAAGGAGUUCAGAAAACGUCACCACAGGCAGUAUGACGAAGCCACCGGGAACAUGGUGCACAUCAAACAGAAGUUGUACCACAACGGGCACCCCAGCCCACGACACCUCUGAAGAAACCCAAGACUGAGGAGAGGUCAUAGAACUUGCCCUUUGCCAUCUGUCACGGGGGCAUCUAGAUGUUCCCCCUUCUUCUUUGAUGGAUGCUGCUUUAGGACUUCCUUUUCCUUCCCCAUAAGGUGUGCCUGUUUGGCACCUAGAGAAUGCACAAUUCAUCCCCGUCUGGGAUGCAAGGCACCCGUGACGUUGCACUGUGGUUACCAUUUUAUUGGUGGACUUCUGUAUAUAUGUAAAUACAAGAACAAAAAGCAAAAGGAAAAAAGAGAGAGAGAGAGAACUUGCAUUGUACUUCCAGUCCAUCGCUUCCUCAAUGGUGUCCUGCAAUGCCAGUGUACCUUUUGUUUUGGUUUUGGUUUUGGUUUUUGGGAUUUUGUUUUGUUUGGAAAUUUGUUGUUGUUGUUUAAGGUCAUUGUAGGUGAAUUUGGCCAGAAGAUGCGAUGUUUAGCAUUUGAUAACUUUCAAACUCCAAUCCAGUUGUGUCCACUUCUCCUGCCCAUACCGAGAUUGCUAGAAUGUCUUGUUUCCAGUGCAGAUUUAGGUUGAGGUUUAUAACAGUCUGGGUUGCUAUGAUAUAUAGGAUGUUAUGUCCCACUUUGGUUGUUUUGCAUUCAGAUGGGUAACUUGCUUCCCUCCGCCACCAUUUCUCUUGUUUCUUAUAAUCAUGGGAUUUUCAGUUCAGCCUGCUUGGAUUUGCUGUUUGGAAGAAAUGACCAACACUGGUAUGCCAUGUAAAACUUUGCAACCAGCAAACAGGAAGGAAAACUGCAGUACUUGGGUUUCCCAUUGAAGUACUUAGGCGUUUCGCUCCAUUGGUUUUAGUGCAGUACCCUCCAAGACUGUGGAAACAAAUCUGUGAUAGCGUCAACUAGCCACGCCUUCUGUUGUUACUAUCCCUUUCUCUGUGUUACGUUGCCAAAAGGUUAGUAGGGGAUUGUGGAAUACCAAAAAGCAGUUUGUCAUAUUUCACUAACCAUAGCUCCCAUGGUAAGGACCCUACGACAAGUCCGUGUGCGUUGCAAUUGGUAUUGUGAAUUUUUCAACCUUACACUUGGGAGCAAUGGAUGCCUGAUGCCGGUCAGGCUAUGUCACUUAGCCCAGUUGUGUCUUUUUUUAUUGGCGGCAGGUCUUGAGGUUCUCAAGGAUAGAAAGUGCUUUCCCAUCACACUGCCUACCUGAUCCUUCCAGCUCAGUGAUGGUGAACCUAUGGCAUGCGUGCCAGAGGUGGCACUCAGAGCCCUCUCCGUGGGCACAUGUCCCUUCAUCCCAGCACAGAGUUUGUUACUAGAAAGCCAGAGAGACAUGGCACUUUGCAAAAAAUAGGUGGGUUUUGGGUUGCAGUUUGGGCACUUGGCCAUUAAAAGGUUCACCAUUAAUGUUCUAGCUGGUGAUGAUGGAGGUGGUUGCACCUACAGCCUCCUGAAUGCAAAUCUGGUGCUCUGCUUCUCAGCGUGGUUCCUUCUCCUUCUUAGCAGUUCCACAGUUCCUCUGGGACACAGUGGUCUACUAUGGACUGGACCACCUUCUAUAAACAGACAGUUUGGUAUUACUAUCUUGUUGUAGCAUUAACAAGGCCAGUUACCUCAACAAUUCAACUCUGUAGUGGUGUUUAAAAUCUUAUUUUAUGAAUGGACCCUGACACCAUCAUCCUGUACAAGGGAGAGAUGUUAAUUUCCUCCCCUCAGUGCUUUCACAUUGCUGCAGGCAGAUAGGUAUUAACUCACACCUUCACCAAAAUUGUUAUUGAUCCUUUUUAAACCACUGAUUUGAAAUAAAUGUUAGUGGCCUUGUCCCAAGCAAUGCUGGCCCCUUAAGAGAAAUGCAUUUUCAUUACAGAUGGCUAAUGCAACUCAGAAAGGUACUAUCCUGACUACUAAGGGAGUGCAAAGAUAUAGCCGUGUUAGUCUGUGGAAUCAGUAUAGAGAGAUCUAGUAGCACCUUUGAGACUCACUGAAAGAAAGAAAGAUGGCAGCAUGAGCUUUCCCAGACUAAAGUCUACUUCCUCAGAU